AUGAUGGCUUCACUACGCCCCCGUACACUCCCCUUGUCCGUCUCUCGAUGUGUUCGUCCGCUUCCCAGGCGAACCACGACGGUCCCCCAUCAUCAUGAACGCCUGCAAUUACGAACGUUUACUACGGCAAGAAGAUACAAUCAGUCCAACCCAGGCCAGAAUGCUGCCUACCAAGCCAAACCCCGAUUCAACUCCAUCCAACUCGUCCUUUCAUCCUGUAAGGUCCCCUCCCCUUUCUUCCCCGUUCGUCUACCAUGGCUAAUAGAUCCAGUAAUCGUCGCUGCCGGCGUUGGAGGCUACCUCAUCGGCCGGUCCGAUCAACCACCCCCAACAACUCUCUCUGACAAAUCGACCAGUCCUCUGGAAGACUGCCAGCCCCCGAACUACGACCUCACUCCCGAAAACUUGAAAGCCGCCUGCGCCGAGUUCGCCGAGAUCAUCGGCAAGGACAACGUCACGACCAACGCCGACUCCAUGGGCUCCUACUCCGGCUCGGACUGGUCGUCGUACACCCCAACCGCAACCCAGAAGCCCUUUGUCGUCGUCAGUCCCGCCUCGACCGACGAGGUCUCGCGCAUCAUGAAAGUCUGCCAUCGCCGUCGCAUCCCCCUUACCGCCUACGCGGGCGGCACCAGCCUCGAGGGCCACUUCACCCCGACCCGCGGCGGCGUCUCCCUCGACCUCCAGCGCAUGGACAAUAUCCUCGCCCUGCACAAGGAUGACCAGGACGUCCACGUGCAGGCCGGCGUGGGCUGGGAGGAUCUGAACGCCCAGCUCGCCAAGGACGGUCUGUUCUUCCCGCCGGAUCCCGGCCCCGGUGCGCGCAUCGGCGGUAUGGUCGGCACAGGCUGCUCAGGCACUAACGCCUACCACUACGGCACCAUGCGGGACUGGGUGCUGUCGCUCACGGUGGUGCUGGCGGACGGCACCGUCAUCCAGACCCGGCAGCGGCCACGCAAGUCCAGCGCGGGGUAUGACCUCACCCGUUUAUUUAUCGGGAGCGAGGGCACGCUGGGCAUCGUGACCGAGGCCACGUUGAAGUUGACCCCGAAGCCAAAGAAUGAGCGCGUGGCCAUCGCGUCGUUUCCGUCGAUCCAGGACGCCGCCGGCUGUGUGGCGCGGGUGGUGGAAGAAGGGGUGAACAUCGCGGCGGUGGAGCUCCUGGACGACGUGCAGAUGAAGUGCGUGAAUGCCGGGGGCGCGACCGAGCGUCACUGGGAGGAAAAGCCGACAUUGUUCUUCAAGUUUGCGGGUACCAAGGCGGCAGUCGACGAGGAGGUGCGCAUCGUCCAGGAACUGGUGAAGCAAGGCCGGGAUACCAGCUUCGAAUUCGCACGCAACGCCGGCGAGGCGGAGGAACUAUGGAGCGCGAGGAAAUACGCGCUCUGGAGUAUCAUGGAGCUGAAGAAGGAUCCGAGUGAACAUGUGUGGACGACCGAUGUGGCUGUUCCCAUCAGCAGACUCCCGGACAUCAUCCACCAGACGAAGGAGGAUAUCAACCGCAGUGGGUUGACGGGGGGGAUUGUGGGACAUGUGGGCGAUGGCAACUUCCACGUGAUGUUACUGUAUAGCGAGAAGGUUCGCGAUGUAGCCGAGAAGCUCGUCCAUGACAUGGUCGAGCGGGCGAUUGAGAUGGAGGGAACCAUCACCGGCGAGCACGGUGUCGGCCUAGUGAAGAGGGAUUUCCUACCCUCAGAGGUCGGACAGAAAACCGUCGACACGAUGCGCCAGGUGAAACAAGCCCUGGACCCGCUGUUGCUGCUCAACUGCGACAAGAUCCUGCGCGUAGACCCUAGCUCGUAG